CUUGGUUGGUUUUGCAAGGUUCCAUUCGAUGUCUCGUUUUCCGGAAGACUACGUUCGCGAAGAGUUGGAGGUUGACGAAUAUCGCCAAUUGGAGCAAACGUUGGAUGGUUUCGGAGCGGACCAAGAUGCAUGGAUUGAACAAACGGAGGCUGGUGAUACUCUUGCCGAUUUGAACGAGGAAGAUGCGCAAUAUCUCGAUAGCCUAUUAGCUCCGGAGAAUGUGGAGGCCGGGCCAAGUUCCAGUCGUCGUGGAAAGAUUUUUGAGCACUUGGUUCGUGAGGUGACACCGAUCGUGAUGGGUUUGAGGGCUCCGAGCACGACUACUAAUCCUCGUAAGAAUCGUAGUAGGAAAGCCGAAGCAGUGAUUGAAGAGAGUUCAACCGAGACUUGUUUUUCGUACGGUCAUGGGAAGUCGGCGAGCACUUUGGAUUCGUUGAAGAAAAUGUUUACACAAUGUCAGCUGCCUGCCAACGUGGAGUUUCUUGUGCCCGAAGCGCACGAACGUCCUUCUGAUUGUCCUGAUGGAUACAUAUGUGUUUAUGAACCCUAUUUCACAGAGUGCGGGCUCUGGUUUCCUCUUCCAGAAUUUCUCACGAGUUAUUGCAGUCGGCGGAAUAUCGCGUUUUCUCAGCUGUCUGUGGCUAGCAUCCGGAACGCGGUCGGCCUCGUAAUAAUGGCGGCGGAGGAGAACAUAGUUGUGAAUCUUAACCUUUUCGAAGCGGUUACUACAUUUUCGAUUGGACAGAAAAAUCCGGGCAUUGUUUGCGCAAGUUCGAGGCGACGUUUUAAGAUUGUCUAUGAUGCUAGGAGGAAGACGAAUGAUUGGAGGAAACGCUACUUCUUUGUGAAGUUAAACGAAGCGUCGGUUGAAGAUAUUCAUCUGUCUUGUGAUAACGUGUGGAAGAUGGAUCCUGGGUUUGCAGAACGGCCAGACGGGUUGACUGACGGUGAUCGUUCAAGUCUUGAUAUUCUUCGGGCGAAGAGAGCUUUAUCUUGGCCGCACGUUCUUGAUCAUUUUCGUACUUGUUCUUACUCGUGUUUGAGGAUGGGUGAUUGCGUUCUUCCAAGUUACGCUGAUCAGUUUGAUGAAGACGUCGCGCCUUUGAACGGGAAUGGUCCGCAGGGGUUGGUUAACGAAGCGGGUCAGGGUGUGUUUGUCGAGGCAGUCGUGGCAGAAGACGCGCGUGCCGAGCCAGAGGCGUCUCGUCGAGCUAGGUCGGCGGAAGUUGAUGCCGCUCGUGCUAGGAAGAAAGUCUCGAGAGGGGCGACGGGGAGUGCUCCUCCAUCUGCCGGGGGUGGACGUUCGCGGAAGAGGACUUCGCGUCGUAGUCCAGAAGCUGGGCCGUCAAACGUCGGAAGAUCUGCCAGGCGCGAAGAACCAGUUCGGGAAGCCUGUGAAGGAGUCGAUCAUUCGUUUUCCUUCAACUAUGGCGCGAAGAAUCACAUGUUUCAUUACGAUGGGGAUGCCUGCGCGGAGUUGGCGAGUAAGAUUCGCGGUGAUUUCACUGAGUUUCCUCGUGUCGAUUCUCUUCUUGGGGCGGAUCUCUAUCGCGAUGUAGCUCGUCGGAAUUUUCAGUCGAUGAGCCAGAUGAACCGCUUGGUCGGUUUUUAUGAGGAGAAGGUGAGGGCCGCUAUGAGGGAGAACGAUCUGCUCAAGGCUGCUCUGGAAGCUGCCAAGAGGUCCGUCGCUGCUCGUACGGGGGACUACGAGUCCGAGAAAGCGAAGGUUGGCGGUCUCGAUUUGACGAUAAGCGAACUUAGGGAGCAACUCAAGGCUGCUAAGGCGAAACUUGCGUCGGAGGUUGCGAGGCUUAGGAAGGCUCGUGACGAGAUUGCUGCAGUGGAGCGUCACAAGGCGGAAGUUGAGGCCGCGGAUAACCAUGCUCGCAUAGAGAGGCUGAGAAAACAUAUAAUCGGUCUGCGCGCCCAGAGUAUUCCUAAGUAUACGCUCUGCCAGGUGAAGGGAAUUCAGGAGUGCCUUGAGAAGAUGAUCAAUAAAGGGACGGUUAUUCCUGAGGAGAGGAUGGCGAGAUUGGCGGCGGAUCGUCCGGCUUGGCAGCGAAGGUUUGACGAGAUUGUGGUUCCGGACAUUUUCGAGAGUGACCUCGAACCCCUUCAGGUGCCACCAAGAGACGGUGCUAGAGGUGCCAAUGAGUGAUUCGCCUAUUACUUGUUUCGUAUGCUUGCGUUUUAUUUCCCUUUCCUUUGUUGCUAUGAACUUUGUCCGGCCGUUUGUGGCUCGUUGGACCGGCGUUAUGUACUUUCGGCCCUCUGUUGGGUCUUUGCCAUGAACUUCGUUUGUUUCCUUUUAGUCUCAUGACUUGGUGAUCAUUUUGACUUUGUUAUUGCUUGUUUCUGGUUAUUAUCGUUGUUUUUGCGCGAGGCGUGGCUCGGC